AUGGCCUUGUCUUUCGACGAGUUUGCCUUCCAUUUGCAUACCAACACCAUUGGGCCCAUCAUCACAGCGCAAAAGUUGCUGAAAACAAACAUACCAAUUGGCACCAUUGUCUUCAUGUCUAGCGACUCGGGCUCGCAAGGUAACUUCCGGGAGAUGGAGGACGGGUUCGCUGCAUAUGCUGCGUCAAAAGCUGCACUCAAUAUGGCAGUAAGGCACAUGGCCGCCGAGUUGAAGAGAAAAGACGAUGAUACCAUCAUCUUGUGCAUGCACCCGGGAGAAGUCGCAACAGACAUGGCGAACGUUCAGCUACCGUGGGAAGUCCAGGGCAUAAUCACACCAGAGGAGUCAGUGAUGAAGAUGAUCGAAGUGAUCAAGAGCAAAGGCAUACAGCACAGCGGCACUUUCUGGACGUAUGAGAAUAAGGUCAGUCCCUCACACCCCACCCGCGGAUCAAUUACUGACAUCGGCUUAGCCGUACGUAUGGUGACAACUGAACAUACUCGCAAUGUUUACGACUCUCAUAUCCUUGCAUACCCUUCGCAAAAUCUCCGCUAG